GAGAACUUGGCUAGGCCCCUGGCACUCCCACUUCCUCAAAGCUAUGAGACAGGAGGAGUGUUCUCCUUAUGUGACUAGGCACAAGUUCCAAGUGGGGAGGGGACUAGCUCAGCAUCCGGAGCCAAAACAAGAAUAGAACUGGGAGCUGAGCCUGAAGCAGUUCGAGCUUUGGGUUCUCUGCAUCGACACAGCCAGCAUGCCUAUGAUUUCUGUGCUGGGCAAAAUGUUUCUGUGGCAGCGUGAAGGGCCUGGAGGAAGAUGGACUUGUCAGACAAGUCGCAGAGUGGCUUCGGACCCUGCCUGGGCUGUGGAGUGGAUCGAACUCCCUCGUGGUCUUUCUCUGUCUUCUUUGGGAUCUGCUCGGACUCUCCGAGGCUGGAGCCGGUCCCCGCGUCCUUCUUCUGUAGACAGCCAGGACUUGCCAGAGGUGAAUGUUGGAGACACAGUCGCCAUGCUGCCCAAGUCCCGGAGAGCCCUAACCAUCCAGGAGAUUGCUGCGCUGGCCAGAUCUUCCCUGCAUGGGAUUUCCCAGGUGGUGAAGGACCACGUGACUAAGCCCACAGCCAUGGCCCAGGGCCGUGUGGCUCACCUGAUCGAAUGGAAGGGCUGGAGCAAGCCCAGCGACUCCCCUGCAGCUUUGGAAUCCGCCUUUUCCUCCUAUUCAGACCUCAGCGAGGGUGAACAAGAAGCUCGCUUUGCAGCAGGAGUGGCCGAGCAGUUCGCUAUUGCAGAGGCUAAGCUCCGAGCAUGGUCUUCGGUGGAUGGGGAUGAUUCCACCGACGACUCUUAUGAUGAAGACUUCACUGGGGGAACUGACUCAGACUUGACUGGGUCUCUGGGGCCCCACCUCCAGGACCUCCUCACAGGUCGUCGAUUCUCCCGGCCAGUGCGCCAGGGCUCUGUGGAGCCAGAGAGCGACUGUUCCCAGACCGUGUCCCCAGACACCCUGUGCUCCAGUCUGUGCAGCCUGGAGGAUGGGUUGCUGGGCUCCCCGGCCAGGAUGACCUCCCAGAUGUUGGGUGAAGAGCUGCUCCUUGCCAGACUGCCCCCCAGCCGGGAAAGUGCCUUCCGCAGCCUGGGUCCAUUGGAGGCCCAGGACUCGCUUUACAAUUCAUCACUCACGGAGUCCUGCCUUUCCCCUGCCGAGGAGGAGGAUUCUUGCAAGGACUGCCGGCUGCUCUGCCCACUGCCUGUAGGCAGCUGGGAAAGGCAGCAGCAGCAGCAAGUCUCUGACGUGGCCUCCUCUGGGGUCACAUCCUUAGAUGAGGAUGAGGUGGAGGCUGAGGACCAGUGACUCAGACAUGCCCAGUGGUGGCAUGUUUCCCCUGGCUGCUGCCUGGGGCAGAGCCUCUGCGGCCACAAGCUCUGGAGCUCCAAGGGCUUCUGGGAGCGCUCACUUCUCCAUUGUGUGUUUUGCAUGAAAGUGUUUGGAGAGGAGGCAGGGGCCAGGUUUAAGGGCGCAUGUACUGCUUCCACUCUUGGGGUUUGCCGGGGAUUGCCCGGGACCCCUGGGGCAUGGCUACAGUUGUGGCAGACAGUGACGUUCAUGUUUCUUGAAUCCAAAACGUCACAUUUCCUCCUGGGACGUGAACCUGAGGGGGUCGUGUGGCUGGGCUGGGAGGGUGGGGAUGGAGGAAGCCUGGCCACCACCUCCACCCUCCCUUGGGCCCUUCUCUUCUGCUUCUCUGUUCACUGAGUCCACACGUUUGACUGAACCACCUGCACCCAUGGGGCUGGCUCCUGCCCUCCUGGAGUCUACAGAUGGAGCCAUCCCCGAAGGGUCCCCUUGCCCAGCUGGGCGCUGCUGUGCUUCCUCUCCAGUCUCUAAACCUUUUUUUCCUAAAGACA